AUGGCCCGUCUCGACCCAAUUAACCCAGAACCACCCCGCCAGCGCAAGGGCAAGCAGGGGAAGGGUGGCGACCCAAAGCCAUCCAUCCGCCCUUCCGAAGUGACGGCCGGCGGCAAGCCGCUCGUUGACCUGGACGCGGACGAUCUGCGCGCAGCAGGUGUGACCUUCACCGAGGGUGACAUGGAGGACCUUCCAGUCCCAGUCGUCGUGGAUCCGAGCCCCGAAGAUGAGGCGGAAGACGACAGGACGCCCCAGGAGCGCGCGGUCGAGGCGUGGUGGGACGAGUUCUUUGACUCGAUGGUGUACACCAUCCCCUUCUCCUUCCUUUUCCUACUCCUGGACAUUCUGAGUAACCAGACGUAUGCGGUCGAGCGGCGGCCAAGCUAUUACUUCAAAAACUACGCUUUCGCCCUUCUCACCCUUGGCGUGCUCGUCUUCUACACCAACCGCCAUAUCGGCACGUCCAAGCUGUGUCUGUUCCUCACGACCGCCGCCAGCAUCGCAGCGUCAAUGCGCGUCAUCUGGCUCAUCAACCGCGCGUCUUACCUCAGGGUCAUGGAGCAGGGCCCGGCGUGUGGCACCAUCUGGAUCGCGACUAUCGUUAUGCUCCCACUUGGGCGGGCGUUGCUCGCCCUCGUGGUGUGGUACGGCGGUCCUGUACCCUGCCUCCUCAACUCGCCGCCAGGUCGCCUGCGAUCCGGCUCGAGCUCCACCUCAAGCGGCCCAUCGUGGCUCCGCACCGCCGACAUGGGCCACCCGCUCGUGCGCUUAGCCCCGAAGCGUCCCAGGCGUAGACCCAGUACCCCGCCUCGCACAGAGCUUCCCCCUUCCUCGCCCUGGCGCACAUCACCUUACUCGGGCUCACGCGAAGAGAAUGUGCUGGUGAGCGGCCGUCCCACGCUUAUGGGUCGCUAUCACCGGGACACGCCAGAUCCGCGCUCUAGUUCCACGCUCCUUUAUCGGAUCAAGUUUGACGACUGCGACGGCGACACACUCCGCGAACCCGAAGAUGAGAUGGACGAGAUGGAGGUCGCGCGCUCCCGUGCCUCACCCGCCUGGUCUCCACUUGAGAAUCCCUUCAUCGUCUCGCCGUCACUCAAUUCCCAGAACUUGCUCCACGGCGGCCAGAAGCUUCAGGAGCCCGAAGACCUGCUGCAGUUUCCCUCACCCCCGCUUCCGCGUCCACCGUCGCUCAGCAGUAUUCCCACCCGCAGUUAUCCCAAGGACGAAGGGUGGCAAGAGAUCAAGGAGUUAAUAAACCGCGCCCGUGGCCGCGUUUCUCGCCAGCGAGGACCACCACACGACAGAUGGGGCUUUGCUAUGACCCGCGGCAUGACGAUCGGCUACAACCCGUAUCAGUACAACGGCAACCCGUCAUCGGACGAACGUAAGAUGAGGCGCCGGCGCUUUCGAUCAGCCAGCCCAGUCGAGUUCUCCCCAACGCCCCCGCCGCGUGAGUCGGGGACGUCGAGCGUCGAGCGCUACGCCUCGUCCCCGCAGAUUCCUGCCGGAUUCACGCCCGCCCCGCCUCUUCCUCGGGCCCCAGCGUGGCGCGGCCGACAGCUGUACGAGGUGCUCCAAGGCGCUGCCCAGCACUGGCAGGUGCCUGGCCAGUUGAGGGAAGAGGCCAGCGACAAUGACGACAGCGAAGAGGUCAACAAGCGGAAACAUGAGGCAGACAAGGGCAAACCGAGCCCACAUUUGUCAGACGUGCGCCAGUUGUCACCAGCUUCGCUGGCGGCCCGUGAGGCUCGCAUCCGCCACUUCAACGACGUCGACACUUACCAGCUGCACGUCGAGCACGUCUUGGGAUAG